CUAGGGGAAAAUGACGGACAAGCUUCCCCCUCCCCUUCUGGCCCUUUUCCAACCCCGGCCGCCCUUGCGCUGGGUUACGCCCAUCGAUCGUGCGCCCGACGACAUCAAGAAGAGCAAACUUUCUGGCGUCGCCCAGUUCUUACCCGAAGUGAAGAAGACGGCCGAGGAGACCGAAUACAACCCGGCAGAAACAUGGCUGCAGCGCAAAUUGCGCCAAAAGGCGGAGAAGAAAGAGCAAUUGCAUAAGCAUCUCACUGAGGGUCUUGCAGCUUAUGACCCAAAUUCUGAUCCCCAAGCACGUGGGGAUCCAUUCAAGACGCUCUUCGUCUCUCGUUUAAGCUAUGAAGCUACUGAACAAGAUCUGGAGCGGGAGUUUGGACGAUUCGGUCCCAUUGAACGAAUCCGCAUUGUUAAAGAUACCGUUACCCCCAAAGGCGCGAAGAAGCCCCACCGAGGAUACGCAUUUAUCGUCUAUGAGCGCGAGAAGGAUAUGAAAGAUCUCAUUCAUAAAUUAGCGGCCUACAAGGAAACAGAUGGUAUCAGAAUCAAAGACCGACGCGUCUUGGUUGAUGUUGAACGUGGUCGGACAGUCAAGGGCUGGAAGCCCCGUCGGUUUGGUGGUGGCCUAGGGGGCCGAGGUUACACAAAAGCAUUACCUUCACGUCCUAUUGGCCCUGGAGGCUUUGGUCCACCAUCUGGUCCAGGUGGUUAUGGCGGCGGAUUCCGUGGUGGUUUCAGAGGAGGUUCCAGAGGAGGGUUUCGUAAUGACCGUGGCUUUGGGCCUCGCGGCGGCAUUGGGUAUCAAGGUGGCCGUAGCGGAUUCGGUGGCCAGGCGCCGCCAAACGCUCCGUCAGGACCAGGAGGUGGGCGCAGUGGAGGUUAUGGUGGCCGUUCGGAUCGUGGUGGAACUGGGAGCAAUCGUGAACCUAUUAGGCCUCGGGAUAGCUACGGUGAUCGUGACAGGCGUGACCGAGACCGCGAUGGCGACCGUCGAGACCGUGAUAGAGACAGCUAUCGGUACCGCGACCGUGAUCGCGAGCGCGAAAGAUACGGCAGCAGAGAAGACCAAGGACGAAAGAGAUACCACGAAGACGAUUCAUACGAUGAUUCCCGUGCCAAGCGGCGAUACUAA